AGGGAGAGAGAGAGAGAGAGAGACAUCCUCCUCCUCUCCUCCGGUCAGAAGACGGAAGGAUGGAGAGAGAACAGAGGGAACAAUAAAAAUGAAAUGAUUCGGUGGAGGAGUAAAACAGGAGACUGAGAUGAGAUUAUAAGAUUUUUUUCAGAUUGUUUUUUUGUCCAUUUUGGUGUGUGUUUAUCCGCCAUGGUGGACUCGGUGCCGGAGAUCAGGCCGCUGGAGCGCUACGAGCCGAACCGAGCCAAAACCUGCGCCAGUCUCCGAUGGCUCCUGACCAAAGCGUUCGGCUCUUCAGGUGAUGUUCCAGCAGAUCUGAAUGAAUCUGUACCUGGUGAUCAGGAUGGUGCAGCAGUGGGUGUGGUUUUGGAGCGCCUCCUGCUGUCCUGUGAGCUGUACUCUCGUGCAUAUCUGUCAGUCCUGCAGCGAAACACACACUCACACACACACUCACACACACACUCACACACACACUCACACACACACUCACACACACACUCACACAGAGACCUGCUGCAGCUACUCCAGCAACACAGUGUGUCACCAACACACACUCAAACACACGCACCGGUCACGGACACCGAACUGUCGAGCAAACCCAUCAACAUGGCUGCUCAUUUGGCCCUGAUAGAUUCUCUGAUGUCACUGGCUGCCAUGGAGACGGUGGGCAUGGUCAAGAUGGCCAAGGAGGCGGAGCAGUUUGGGGGUGGAGACAGCUGGGAGAACUCCCUCCUGUUCUGGAUCAACAAGUUGAAUCAGAAGUUGAGAGAGAGUACAGAGAGUGAAGACAGUCAGAAGACACAGCGCAGUACAGAUCUCCAACCUCUUCAACCAUCUUGUCCAUCACGCUGGUACUGGAAGCUGGUUCCACAUGCCAUCGCUUUUUGUUUGAAGGAGUCGGGGAAAAAACCUCCUGUGAUCCGCUACAGAAAAGACAAGGUGCGAUCUAAACAGACUCCCACCUUUUCAGUCGUGUCUGGAGUGAAAGAUCUGUCCAAUGGCUGUGCUAUCGCUGCUACCAUACACUUCUACUGCCCCCAGAUUGUGGCCCUAGAAGAGGUUUGUUUGAAGGACACCAUGUCAGUAGCGGACAGCUUGUAUAAUCUGCAGUUGAUUAGAGAGUUUUGCACUGAUCAUCUGCAAGGCUGCUGCCCCCUAGUGUUGGAGGACCUACUGUAUGCCCCACCCAUAUUACGGGUAAACAUCAUGUGCUUCUUGGCUGAUCUCCUGGCUGUGUUUGAAGUGCGGAAACCUGAUAUCAUCAAGCCAGUGCACACCCUGGACCUGACAGAUGCCUCUGGUUUAGAGGAAUGCACCAGCCCUAUCAAUGGCAACAGUGGAUCGCCGUUCCUGCUUAAGGAACCCCUCUUGUCACUGACAUCUCCUGUAUCUUCUAAUAGUGGAACAGAUGGCCGGGGCUGGAGUACAAAACAGAUCAGCCGUCCUCUCUCUGCUGUGGCUUUCAGCAUUCCUUUUCCUCUGGACAGUGACGUGGAUGUCGUCAUGGGCAAUCCUCUGUUCCGCUCAGCUAGCACUGACAGCCUCACCAUGGCAACAAACCCUGCUUUGUACACUCCUCCUGAGGAUCUGAGUAAGCUGAUUGGUCAGGCUCCACUGGGGGAGUUGCCCGCCAUCGAGGAGACACUGCAAGUCAUUCGCACAGUGCAGACUGAACCACGACAGCGUCCAGAGGGGGCACCGGCAGGUUUCUUUCUCCACUCCCAUGAUAAGGAUGAGACCAGACUGAGCAGCUCUGCCCCAUGCCGUUCUGGGAUGAUGUACAGACCAAUCGGUGGGGAAGGAAUCAGUGCCAGAAGGCCAACAGGUUGUUCCAAAGAUUCUGACACACCAGAAGACCCCGGAACACCCACCAAUGGACCAAGAGGAGGCCAAAUGACAAGUUUUGCUGAGCGCAGGAAAAGACUUCCGGAGUCUCCAGUGGCUUCCAGGGUUCUGGGCUCAGAGGAACCUUCAAGCCCAGGGAUGAUGAGCCCCAUUGGCACAGUGGAGGCUCAGGAGCUAGGGGCGCAACUGGAGGAAAAACGCAAAGCCAUUGAAGCACAGAAGAGACGGAUUGAGGCAAUCUUUACAAAGCACAGACAGAGACUCGGCAAGAGUGCCUUCCUCCAACUGCAACGGAAACAAGGGGAAGGAGGAAAUGGAGUCAAAGAGGAGGCAGAUUCACUUAGUCUAGAGGAAAGGCUUACUCAAAUGGAAGAAGCACUACAAAAGGAAGAAGAUAAGGAGAAAGAGGAAGAGAAGAGAAAGAAAGACACGGAAAAAAAAGAGGAGGAAAUGGAAGAGAAGAAUAAGGAACAAAAUGUCAACCUGCCACCCAAACUGGAGAAGCAGGUGACAUUCUCAGUGGAGCCGAAGAAGGUGCCUGAGAAAGAGCCACCACUGGUCGAAUACAAUGAGGCAGUGUCCAAGCUAACCUCUGCCUUGCAGGCACUACAGAAGGAUAUGCAGCGUCUCACAGAACAGCAGCAGAAGCUUAUGGGAAAGAAAACAUCAGCAUCUUCAUCAUCCAAAACCAUGCCACAUAAAACGACUCCAUCUCCAAGCAAAGCAUGGGUCAUACCAGCAAGUCCAAAAAUCUCAGCCACCCCCCCUCAUCUCUCACGUGAAUCCACACGUGACCUUUCACCCUCAGGGUCACCAUCACGUCAAAGUGACCUUAAAUCACCCAAAACAUCCAAAAACUCCACUCAUAAGCUUUUUAACAACUCCCCCCCUCACAAGAGCCCCAAACGACAGCACCCCAGCCGACCCAGUGACCUCGGUUUCCAGCCCCUCACCCGCGUCCUCUCACCUCUACAGAACGUCGACACACUACCCCACCUGCGCCGUGUUUCUCCAAGUCAGUGUCAGGUGCAGACCAACUCCACCCUUCGAAUUGGAGGUCCACGCACACCCCAGGAGCCUGAAACUCAACCCCAACCGCAAUCAGCCCAAGAAAGUGCAGAGUCUGAGUCUGGGUCCAGCGAUGAGAACACUCCACUGUUUAGCCUGGAACUGGAGCCGACUGACCCUGCACCACCCCCUGCUGUGGAAUUUGCUGCGAGCGUCUGUGGAGGCAGUAGCUCUGGAGCGCCCUCUGAGUGCUCGUUUUUCAGUGACGUUCUUGUCAGCACCUCACAGAGGCAGGAGGAGGGAGAGACAGAUCAGGAGCAGCUUGACAUCUUCUCUUCCGACUCCAUGAGUGACCACACAGAGACAGAGAGCAGAGCAGGGGUCAGCUUCUACUUUAAGGAGGAGGGUCUGUCAGAGGAGGAGAUGGCCCUGAAGAGAGCAUUGCUGUUAGAGCGACAGCAAAGACGGACAGACGAAAUCAAGAAACGGAGAGAGAGACAAGAACAGGAGAACCCAAGCCAUCUGUGUUCUACAGACAGUCUGCUCCAGUCUGUGACUCCGCCCCUUUCCCAGUCUCUGCCCACCACAUAUGCUCCUCCCCUACCACCCCAGACUGUAAACGCCCCUAGAACACCUCAGGCCACACCCCCUGGGACUCCACAAAGGCGUGGCGGAUUCACAAAGGCGGAGUACGAGCGAAGGCAUCAGCUGAAGAUAAUGGCUGACCUGGAGAGAGUGCUGAAGCAGAAACCGGCACAGCGCAGCAACAAGAAACAACACACACACUCACCACGCAAGGAGAAAAAAGUAGAACAGCAGAACUUUGUCCAGCCAAAUGGACCCCUGGCUCCAGACAAACCUACCAGCACCUCCGACUCCACCUCUAAGGUGAUGUCACCUGGCCGACCGUCCAAUCAGAACGGAGAAAAGGACUGGGAAAACGGCUCUAAUGCUUCUUCUCCUGCGUCUGUGACAGAAUAUACUGGACCCAAAUUGUUCAAAGAGCCGAGUUUCAAAUCCAACAAGUUCAUCAUCCACAGUGCUCUGUCACGCUGCUGCCUCGCAGGAAAGGUCAACGAGAGUCAAAAGAACAAGAUUGUUGAGGAAAUGGAGAAAAGCUCUUCCAACCAUUUCCUCAUCCUCCUCCGUGACUCUAACUGUCAGUUCCGUGCUAUCUACACGUUGGACGGUCAGUCGGAUGAGAUGCAGAGGCUGUGUGGCGUCGGGCCUCGAGCGAUUCCCUGCUCUUCAGUGGAGGCCAUUUACAAGUACAACUCGGACAGGAAGCAGUUCAGCACCCUGCCGUCUCGCACCGUCAGCAUGAGUGUGGACGCCUUCACUAUUCCUGCCCACUUAUGGCAAAGCAAGAAACAAAGCACACCCAAAAAGACAGCCACUCCUAAAUAGGAAGAUGAUGCCUCUAACACAGGAGACUGCUUGGUCUUUAAUAGACUGUUCUGGUUCUACCAUUUCUGGAUUGAUAAAAGGAAUACCAAUUUAUCCCAAAAUGUUAGCAUCUAACCAUGAACAACUACGAACGAAAACAAACCAAAACUCUGACUGCUGAAGCUUUUAUCUUUUAAGAUGUUUGGGUGAAGUGUUGUCUAAACAUCAUCCAAACUAUAAAGUGGGUUAAAAAAAACAAGAUAAAUGAAGUUAAAACCCAUUUUCUGACCUAAUGAAUAGGAAAAUUGUUGUGUUAUUUCUUAUAAAAUAAAAAAAAAAAUUCCCUAACUGCAUGUAAUCAGUAGGAACAAAGCACGAGUCAAACCACAUGAGCACUUAGAAAGAACCAGAUUUAUGGAGACGCUUUUUUUGGCUGAUUUUUGGCUGAUAAAAAAUUAGAAAUCUUUGCUGCUAAUUCUCUCCUAACUCUCACAUUUGGCCUUAAAUCCAGUUGUUGAAUGGACGAGAGACUUUAGGAUUUUGGUGCCAAUUUAUUAGAAAAGUUGUAUAAUAAUUGAUCAUUAUGAAGUUAAGACAAAGAUUGCAUGACUCAGAAAAACUGAUGCACAGAAUCAGAUUCCUCAUAUGUUCAUGAUUAUCUACAUCACAAAACCUGACCUGAGGUCUGCACUCAGACUUUAAAAUGUUUUAUGUUUGUUGCAAAUGAACAUUUUUAAAAAACAAAAAAAACCCUCCUUGUUAGACCAGAAGACUCUGGAGUAAUGGAAUAUGAUUGAUUGUUUCUGCUCUGAUGAACUUGUGGGAACUUUUUUUAUUACCAAACAUCAAAACACAAUGUUUAGUUUAUAAUUUUUAUUUUUAAGGAACACUGCUAGAGGAUCUCCCUAGGGUCAGAAGAGAACCUUAAGAACCUCAAGAUAUCACAUAUAAGACACGGGGUUGAUCCAAGAUUUGGAAACUUUGUCUUGAAGAGCCAGCGAUGGACACAACCAUCUCCUCUCUCCCACUCUCAAGCUCGCAGAAUUAGGAAAUUGCUAGAACUCUGUAGUCGUCAGUUUUCAUGGUAUACACAAGAGAAGGACGUGUCUCAGUAGGUUAUGGAUGUUUGGGAGUUGGAGGUUGGGAUAACUUAAAAAGAGUCUGAUUUUUGGAAGAAAUCAAAGAGACUGGAAUAUUUUUCUGUGCCAUUGCUAAAGCUUGGUAAAUAUGUGUCAGUAGCCAUACAGCACUUCCACUUCACAUGCUAAAUACAUAUUAGCAAUUGUGUGCGAUGUUGUGAGAUUGGAAAUUGUACGAUGUUCCAGUUUCAUGACUGGAAACGUCAAAUAAAUCAAAGCAUUUCAUUUUA